UCUGCUGCUUCCUCCUCAAAACCCUACUCCUCUCUUUUUGGCUCUCUGGCACUCCCCGUACGUAAUACACCAAACUUCCAUCGCAAUGAGCAGAUCAGGCCAGCCUCCAGAUCUCAAAAAGCACAUGGACAAGAAACUCCAGAUCAAGCUGAAUGCAAACAGGAUGGUAGUUGGAACACUUCGUGGGUUUGAUCAGUUGAUGAAUCUUGUGGUUGACAACACUGUGGAAGUGAAUGGCAAUGAGAAAACUGACAUUGGCAUGGUGGUAUUAGCAGCAGGGCCAACACUAAGAUUGGUGCCAUCGCCUGCAACCAAAGAAGAAAAUGAAACAAGCGGUUAAAAGUUUUCAGAGUCGACAGAUAAAGGGUUUUAGGGUUGUUAUUUAAUUCCAACUUUUAGAUAAAUAGUAUUAUAUAUAAAGCAAUGCUUAGUCUUUGAGUGAAACUAGUGCUGCUUGAUGCUUCAUACGAUAGGGUUUUUAUCACU